AAAAGGCAGGAUUUGCAUUAGUCCACUAGUUGGGUGAUACUAAUACGUCGUAGUUACAGCUUGUUGUAAAGGGCAAGCCAAUAACUUGGGUUUUCUUUUUGCUUCCUGUGCUGUAUAGUUGCAUUAUUUUACUGAUAAACUCCUUUCAUCGACGCCUUCAGAUUAGUGCAGUGUCUACGAGACAAGUUUUGGAGAAGUGGAGGUAUUUACGAGUUUUCCGCCGGUACAAAAUCAAGACUGAACAUGGUCGAUGGAUCGACGUUAACUUACGAAAGAUUAUUUGUUAUUCAGCCUAAUGUUCUUGAACCUCUUUUAAGUUAUUGGUGUAUACGGUUUACAAUGCAUCAGCAACGCCGUUCUCACUGCCGCGACCUAGAGUACAACCGGCUGUUAAAAGAAAGGCCAAAGUCGUGCGUGAAACGAGAAAACGCUCUUGCAAAUCUGCCUCAAGUUCCCGCUCACAUGGGUCUGUCCCAGGUCCUCCCGAGCAAAACAAUGGCUCCCAGACCCCAAACUAGUGGUGCCCAGAAGACGGGCAUUCAGCACCAGACUUCCCGGCUUCAAGUACGCGCCAAGUCUGCUCAUCCGAGGCUACUUCAAGCUACCAAGUACAUGCAUACAAAUGCAAACACAAAACAACUGCAGAACAUCAUUGCCCCUGUGAAGACAGGUUAUGGGUUCGAGCAGCCUCCAGCGCCUUCCUUUCCUGUUGAACCGGAGCCAGACUACCUACCUACCGUUAGGCUGUUUAUCAACCCUGUCCCCUCCCCUGAUAGUAAGAUUCAGAGAAUGAUGAGGACGUUACAUCGAACUGCAGUAUUCGUUGACGGUUCCACGCCGACUUCUGUCGAGGAGACUGGGUCCAAGUCUGGCGCCAUGUUGGAUUCGUUAAUCCAAGGACUGAUUUAUGAACGGCAGACUGGGAACUACUUCAACGCGUUUUUACAAAACUCAGGAAAUGAGUUAUGGAUGAACUGCCUGGCGUUUUGGAAAUCCCUCCAAGAGUACAACGCAUAUUUCUUCGCUGACUCGCUUAAUCCUUCUCUACUAUCUAGAAAGGCGCGGACAAUGUAUGCUAAUUUUGUGGUGUCCGGAAGCGCACAGGAUGUUCACGUGCACAGGGACAUUCAGCUGCAAGUCCAUAAAGAACUGGAGCCCCCGUAUGAGGAGCUCUUUGAUGCCGUCGAGGAGCAUGUUCUACACUCGCUUUUGGAACCCUGGAAUCUGCUUAUCGCGCACGAAAAAGAAUCGUAUGGGCAUGAGGUACCCACUGAACAAAGGUUGAGGCAUAUUGAAAUCAAACUGAUGACUAGAAUGAGACAAAGUGUUAUUCAGACUCAUGGCGGGCUUGGUAAUGCCGAAGAUGAUCACGAGAAAGAAAGGAUUUCAGUAGAAGAAGCCAACAGACCCGCUCCUGUACCCAAGGACGGAAUCACUUUCGAAGCGCUCAUUAGAAACAGAGACGAAGUAGAACAUUUCAAAGAAUUUCUCAACAAGAAGCAUGCUAGAGGUAUCAAAGAUUUGAUGGCUUGGACAGACAUGGAAACAUUUCACCGUGUUCCCCGCUUCAUGGCAGAGAAGCGGGACAAGAAAGCUAGAGAGAUUCGUGACAGCUGGCUGGGUAAAAAAUACUUCUUUGGACCUGACAGCCCUGCUACCAGAGAGGGAAGAAACUUAAUAAUGAACUUAAAUGGAGGCCGUCCCAUCAAAGAGAGACCCCAGUCUCCCGUCAUUCUUGAAAGCCAAAAGUUCGUUCGCGCGCGAAUUGAGCGCCGUUGGUUGAUGUUGUUCAAACAAACGACAGAGUUCUUAGAAAGACAAAAACCGCGCACGGCUGGUGUGCCAGAAAUGGUGGAGGAUAUCAUGCUAAAGAGACGGCUACAGAGAAGCGAAGCUGCUUGGAAGAUUCUGAAUAGCAGAUGGGUCUCAUCGUCACGUGAUGUGGUGGCGUUACGUCAAACACUUCUCAAUCCCAGCAGCUGUAGCGAGUUCACUGCGUUUGUGGCAGUGAAAGGUGACACGCUGGAGAGCAAUGUUCACUUCUGGCUUGAGGUGCAGAAGUUCAAGGUAAAGAUACCUCAUGUACCUUAAAAUCUGCGAUGCUGAAGGGCAAGCGCAGGAACACCAAAAACAACGAAACGUCAAGCUUGGCAGAUUGAAACCGCUUUCUCUUGGAAUUUGGG